AUGGUCAACUUCCACGAGAGCUCUUCCGAUAUCCAGCUCGAGGACGGUCACAUCCUCGUUGCCCAGUGCAACGACGCUGAUGGUGAGCCUCAAGAGUCUCGCCUUGACCUCGACUACUACAUCGGCAACAACGACGGUGCUUUCUACUGGGGUGGCGAGGGCUUCUCUGGCUCUGCUAGCGAUAUCUCUUUCGACAUGGAGGGCGACGACAACGUUCCUGUGCUCCGUGCUUACCUCAAUCCCGUUGACGGUGACCCCGUUGAGGCCAACGUCAAUCUUGCCGAGUGCAUUGGCAACGACAACGGUACUCUUGUCUACGUUCCUCCUCAGUAA